AUGUCUCGACGAGUUCAUCACCGCAACGCUGAGCCCAUAAACCGGCCGUUUUACGAUGAAGCGCCGAUGGUUGGCCCUCCCGAUUGUUCGGAAGCCGCCUUUCAGCAGCCCCUCCUCCGGCGGUGUCCUUUCGAUCUCUCCGCUAUUUCGUGGGUUGCUCUAUUGAGUGGUGGGCUUGACGGGCUAGUCUGGAAAGUCAUGGUUGGCGACCAGGGUCCCUUUGCUGUUAAAGUAUUUUGGGAUACCAGGCCGCCGCCAAAGCACCAGCUCUAUUAUGCGGCUCAGCGAGAGGCCCAAAACGCUGCGCUCCUGGAGAAGAUGGCAGCUGCGGCUAGUCAUGACACAGACACUCUUCCCAUACGAGUACACUCUCGACCGGUUGGCUACGAGGACGCCAUUGACAAUAUGUUGGCUUUCUCCACCGAGGGCCGCCAGAGAGGGCAGGUGAAAGACGCUGACAGUGUGCAAAUCUCAUCAGUUCCGCGUGUGAAAAAGUGCUUCGGCUGGCUGAAGAUCGACGGCGAGUAUCUCUACAACCUACCGCAGCGGCGACUGCGCCCGAUAUUUGUCAGAUUGCCCAAGUUCGGCGACCGUUGUAUAGUGAGCGGUCAGCAUCACUUUGCCAUCAUGUACGAGUACAUCCCGGAAGGUGAUAACGACACGGGUCAGAUGCAGCGAGUCUUGGAUUUCCUUUGGCGGGCUGGUUUUGAUUACAGCCAGACGCUUCAAAAGGAGAACUGGAAAAGUGGUGUGCCCGUGGACCUAUCCGAUUUUAUAUCUCCUCUAGGUGACAGUUGGCAUCCGAGGAGAUACGGGAAGGUAGAUGCCAGUCGGGCAUUCUUACCGCCACCUCCGCCUCCACCACCACCUUCGACUUGGACCGGCGCUCAGACUGACUCCAGCGCCUCAUCCGCAUCCGCUUCCCCAUUGCCUCCAAUGCGUCAGUCCUCCUCGGAUACUGAUGACGGCGAAUAG